AUGCAGAAACUGAGAUGGCAGGUCCGGAUCCAGGACACGGAUGUACUGGAGUGGACGGGAACUCUCAGCAUCUACGCCAUGCUGAUACAGUUGCAACUGCGUUGGAGCGGCCACCUCGUACGGCUGGGCGACGAGCGACUAGCCAAACGACUCUUCUACGAGAAUUUCGCCACGGGUUCCCGGCAACAAGGAGGCCAAGUCUGUCAUCACAAGGACACUCUGAAGACUUCCCUGACGCCUCUGCAAAUCAACCCGGCCAACUGGAAAGAUCUCGCCGAGACCGAUCGACCUGGAGGAGGACAAUGA